AUGCUGGUAGCAGCAACAGGAGUGUCACAAAAUUCAUGGGACUUGGACUUUCGGGGAAGUCUAGCAAAAGGAGGUUCACCACUCCAUAUAACGAUAGCUGUGACAAAAGGAGUUGGUUCAGGAUCUUCCCUAUUGAGCUUUAAUAUUAAAUUACUCUUUGAAGGAUUAUAUCACACGAGAAGCUGA